GACGUCAGUCCGACGACGCUGCUCGCGUUGCAUUCGCGUGCGUUCCUUCGACAGACCGAACCCCGGCGUCGAGCAGCAGGCGCUCGCGCAGACCGGACGGCAUGCGUUGGCAGUGCGCGCGCGAUACGGGCGACGUCUGAGUUCCGACGCUCCCGCAGCUCGCGCUGGCCCCGCCGCCCGCGCGCGUUACUCCGCAAGCGACGUCGCCGUGCGACUCUCAGGGACGCGACAUGGCUCGUGCUGGUAACGGAGCUGAAAGCAGCGACGUGGACGAGGACUGCUUUGAAGAUGCUUAUGACCGAAUCCCAGUGGCCUCUAAGAUGGAUCUGUUGACCUCGAUAGAGGAGUGCAAUAUAGCCCUCAACCUCCUGCUCAACAACAAGUUCUCUGAAGCACUGGACCUACUCAAACCAUGGUCCAAGGACAGCAUGUACCAUGCGCUGGGCUAUAGCAGCAUCCUGGUAAUGCAGGCAGCCAUGACCUUCGAGCACAACGACAUCCAGACUGCCAUGACAACCAUCAAAGAGGCCCUGCACACCUGUCAGAGGUUCCGGAAGAGAAACUCAGUGGUAGGAUCUCUGUCCAGCUUGGUCUCUAAACAGUCUACUGACAGCUUGAAAGCAGAGGAGAUGCAUGCUGAGCUUUGCUAUGCUGAGUGUCUGCUUCAGAAAGCCGCACUAACAUUUGUACAGGAUGAAAACAUGAUCAGCUUCAUUAAAGGUGGCAUCAAAAUCCGCACAAGCUAUCAAAUAUACAAGGACUGCCAGCAUGUGUUAAAUACGUCUCAGGGAGUGUGUGGAGACACUGAGGUCUACAAACAAUUUGAAGGUGGAGUCAGAGUAGGCAUUGGCUCCUUCAACCUGAUGCUGUCUCUCCUGCCUGCCAGGAUCCUUCGACUGCUGGAGUUCAUAGGUUUCUCAGGGAACAGAGAGUUCGGUCUGGCCCAGCUGAGGGACGGGGCCGUGGGUCACAGUCUGAGGGCGAUUCUGUGUGUCCUCACACUCCUCCUCUAUCACACCUACGUCUGCCUCAUCCUUGGCACAGGAGAAGGGAACCUAGUGGAAGCAGAGGCUUUACUUGAGCCUUAUCUGCACAAAUUCCCCAAGGGCUCCAUCAUUCUGUUCUACUCUGCCCGGAUAGCCGUGCUGCGUGGGCACUUUGAGAAGGCCCAGCUGAAGUUUCAGGACUGUAUCCUUUCCCAACAGCAGUGGAAACAGGUCCACCAUCUGUGUUACUGGGAGCUCAUGUGGUGCCAUUCCUUUCAGCAGCAGUGGGGGGAGGCGCACCGCUUCGCUGAGCUGCUGUGCAGAGAGAGCCGCUGGUCUAGGGCCAUCUAUAUGUACCAGAAAGCCGCCAUCCUCAGCAUGAUGAGUGAAGAGGAGCUGCAGAAGACCGGAGAGAACGUGGCGGAGUUGUUCAGGCAGGUGGAGGGUCUAAAACAGAGGUUGGCUGGUAAAUCCAUUCCUACUGAGAAGUUUGCAGUGAGGAAGGCUCGCCGCUACUCAUCCCCAACACCUGUUAAACUGGUCAUCCCAGCACUAGAAAUGAUGUAUGUGUGGAAUGGGUUCACUAUUGUUGCGAAGAGGGCAGAUGCCACAGAGAGUUUACUCAUCACCAUCGAAAGAGCAGAGAAGAACCUGCACACUAAUCCCAGCCCGUCGGAGUUCCAGGCUGAUGACCAGUGUCUGGUGCAGAUGCUGAAGGGUCUGUGUCUGAAACACCUGGGCCGCCUACUGCAGGCAGAGCUCUGCUUCUCACAGGUGCUCGCCAGUGAGAAGCGUAUCCGUUAUGACCACUACCUGAUCCCUUUCACCCUCUAUGAGCUGGGCUUACUCUACAAACAGCAGGGCGACAUCGCCAAGGCAACACGCUACAUAGAGGACGCCAAGUUGAACUAUAAGGACUACUCGAUGGAAUCCAGGCUCCAUUUCCGUAUCCACGCAGCACUCAACAGCCUCAAGGGUUCCCCAGUCAGUUCACCAUAGCAACAGAACAGCUACACCAGCUACACAACAGAGGAAAGACCAAACUAUUGCCACCUCCACCUCCAACGCACCAGUCGCCGUGGUAACAGGACAACCAUCAUAGUACUGUAACCUCAUAGCUAUAGCAACAGGUAGUCGCGGUACAAAACAGCUGUGUGAAACUAGAUUUUAGUUCCAUUACAAUACCAAAGCCACUGUCUUUUUGGUUUUGUUUGCUGACAGUGAGAAGUUCUUUUUAAAUGUGUUUCUAGAAAACUACUUGGUUCUCACAGUCCUCCCUCAGUAGGGCUGAGGACUGACAGGUGGGUUAGUUCAUGUGUAUCUGACUCUUCAAAUUAAAUGGGAAUCAUGAUUUUGUUUCCCAUAGAAUAAUUUAACCAAUCAGAGAGCUGCAUAUUCUCCAUCACAUCUAAAACCAAGAUGGCUUCUAUGAGUUCAAUGUCCUACUAUUUUACCAGAUAUUUGUGUUUGCACAUGUGUCCAUGUGUCUGCAUUCUUCUUAAGUAUGUGACUGCAAUUUUUAAUUUUUAUUUGCGUGCACACGCGCGCAUGUGUGUGUGUGUCUGACUGAUUUGGACAUAUACCUCGUGUCUGAUUUAUUUGUGUGUGUCUGUGUGUCUGAUUUGGACAUAUACCUCGUGUCUGAUUUAUUUGUGUGUGUGUCUGUGUGUCUGAUUUGGACAUAUACCUCGUGUCUGAUUUAUUUGUGUGUGUGUGUGUCUGUGUGUCUGAUUUGGACAUAUACCUCGUGUCUGAUUUAUUUGUGUGUGUGUGUGUGUGUGUGUGUGUGUGUGUGUGUGUGUGUCUGUGUGUCUGAUUUGGACAUAUACCUCGUGUCUGAUUUAUUUGUGUGUGUGUGUGUGUGUGUCUGUCUGUCUGAUUUGGAUUUAACUGUUGUACAAAUUUGUAAGUGAACACAAGCAAGACCCAGGAGAGCAAUAAGCAUAAUGAUUCAGGAGGAGUGUACUGCAGAAAUAAUAAACAUUCAACUGUACACACACAAUAUACAUCACUUUUACAUUUGAAGUAGCCUAAAUUAGCUUAAAGGCACAAAUUAAUUAAUAUGAAUCCAAUAUGAUUUCUAUACAGUGUGUAUACAUUUGUGAUAUUCACACAUAUUUGUUGCAAUCAUUUAAUGCUCUCAGCAAAUUUGGAAUCAAAAAACCUCUCCAAAAUGCUACAGAUAAAGGUACACAGAAUUUUAAACUAUAUUCUUUACAUCUAAGUUACUUUUGCUCUUUACAAAAUAUCCAGAUCACCCACGAAGUUCAAUAAUACCAAAACUUUGUAACUGGGCUUUAAUGCAACAGGACAAUAUGUUGUUCUUUUUUACAUGUUUCGAAUUUGAUUUUUUUUUAAUGUAAUUCCUCUCACUAGCCCCCGCUAGCCCCUACUUGCUACAUUUAGCGUCAAACAACACAUCCUUAAGCCGUACGCUUUACACGGUUACCUAGACGUGCGAGUGGGUCUGGGUGUACGGUCGAGCUAGUUGUGCAGUGACUUCACCGAAUGACACAAAUGAUAUCGAAAGAUCAGCUGUAGUGUGUGUUUUUAGUGCCUGUUCACGGAGAGUGUAAGGAAAACAUUUCACAUUUGUAAAUGCACCAUCUCGCAUUCUACACAGACAGAAAUAUUUGUUGUUCCAAAUGUGUGUGUGUGUGUGUGUGUGUGUGUGU